AUGGAUUCCGUGCUCCAGAAACUCAACGAGGCCCUGCAGGAAGCCGUAGAUGCCUUCGACGGCCCCUUGCAGCAAGAUAUCCUCGCCCGGCUCACGGACCCUGACUCAGUGCCAGACGAGGAGACAUGGAAGCUCGCGUCUAAAACAGUCGACUUGGCCGACAGGUUGGUGCGCCAAAUCCAACCACCAGCCUUGCAGCUUGCAGAGAACUACCUCGCCUAUCUCGACACGAAAUGCCUCUGGACGGCCGUGUCCAACAACAUGCCCGACCUGCUCGCCUCCGGACCGCAAUCCAUCGCAGACCUCGCCCGGAGCAGCAGCCUACAGCCUCUCCGGCUCCGUCAAGUCAUGCGGGUGCUCCACAACAACGGCAUCUUUGCCUACGACGCCGCCACCGGCCUGUACAGCAACAGCGCCUCGUCCACACUUCUAACCAAAAGCCACUGGACGCAAUGGCACCGCUGGGUCGACCUGUACGGCAACGAGUUCUACGACGCGGCCCGCUCCCUCCCGGCGGCCGUCCGCGACGGCGAGGCCCGCAGCGCCGCGCAGCUGGAGUACGGCACGGACCAGACCAUCUUUGCCUACUUUGCCGCGCGCGGCCUGCAGGACAAGUUCCACAAGACGCUGGGCGCGGGCGCCGUCGCGCAGGCUCCCGGCAUGCUGGCCGACUAUCCCUGGGAGGAGCUGGGGGAUGCGGUCGUGCUGGACGUGGGCGGCGGCGGGGGGGACUUUGUUGCGGCGCUGCUGCGCGCGCAUCCGACCCUGUGCGGGGCGCUACUCGAGCUCGAGUCUGUCGUGGCCAUGGUGCGGCCGCGGUUUCGGGAGGUGGACGGGGCGUUUGCCGACGUUGGUGAUAGGAUGGCUGCGCUGCAUGUUGGCGACUUUCGCGAUGCGGUGCCGGCGUAUGAGGUGUACACGAUGAAGUGGUGUUUGCAUAACUGGCUGGAUGAGGACGUGGUCCGGAUUCUGUCGGCUGUCCGGGCCGCCAUCGUAGAGACGCCGCGGGCCAGGAUGGUUAUCAUCGAGGCGGUGCUCGCCGAAGGCCGCAGCUCACGCGUCUGGCGCUAUGGGGACCUGACCAUGAUGUCGACGGCGAACGGACAGGAGCGCACCGAGAAUGAAUGGCGAAGCCUCGCAGCGCAGGCUGGCUGGGAGGUCAAGAGCAUCUCGCCGUUGCGAAAUGCCUGGGCCGCAGCCAUUGAUCUCAGACCUAUCAAAGGGGCUGUGGGCACGCCAACGUCGAGUCAUGUUGAAUAA